GCAUGCACGACAUGAAUGUGUCGACGCAUGGGGCUCCUUUCUCCUUGUGAACCAGGCCAAUUCCCGCAUACAGAGCAAACAGCAACCUGCAGAGAAUAAUUGCCACUGCACAGACACCAUGAGUGAAGAAAACGACCCUCUUUUAGCGGCCCUCAACGAAGACGAUAACAAUCAGAACCAAGAUCAAAACCCAAACUCCAACGGAAGUGGGAAUGGAGAGGAAGACAGUAAUGAAGGACAGCAGACACAGACACAGAGCCAGGCAGUAAGAGACGCUGAUGGGGAUGUGGAAAUAACAAACGCAGAGCCCGAGCAGAGGGAAGUGAUAGAUCCAGCAGAGAGAGAGCGUGAGGAGGCCUUGACUGCGUUGAAGAACAAGCUCAUCGAGCAUUUACACUACGAAACAAAGCUCAAGGAGAUGCGCAAGAGCCUUAUUGACUUGGACCGUGAGUUUGACAAAACAGAAGACGACAUAAAGGCUUUGCAGUCCAUUGGUCAAAUAAUCGGCGAAGUCUUAAAACAGUUGGACAACGAACGUUACAUCGUGAAGGCGUCAUCAGGCCCUAGAUACAUCGUCGGAUGCCGUCUGACCCUCAAUAGGGAGAAGUUGGUAAAGGGUGUCAGAGUUGCAUUGGAUAUGACAACAUUGACCAUCAUGCGUAUAUUACCACGUGAGGUUGAUCCUUCCGUUUACAACAUGACAACUUUCGAGCCCGGUGAGAUCUCCUUCACCGGGAUCGGUGGUUUGACUGAGCAGGUCAGAGAGUUGAGAGAAGUCAUUGAAUUGCCUUUAAAGAAUCCUGAACUAUUCCAAAGAGUCGGAAUCAAACAGCCAAAAGGUGUUUUGCUCUAUGGACCUCCUGGUACAGGUAAAACCUUGUUGGCCAAGGCAGCGGCUGCAACAAUCGGUGCCAACUUCAUAUUUUCUCCAGCGUCCGCCAUUGUGGAUAAGUAUAUCGGUGAGUCAGCAAGGUUGGUGAGAGAAAUGUUCAGUUACGCCAGGGAGCACGAGCCGUGUAUCAUCUUCAUGGAUGAAGUCGACGCUAUUGGUGGUCGUCGGUUCUCAGAGGGUACAUCCGCAGAUCGUGAAAUCCAAAGAACCUUGAUGGAGUUGUUGAAUCAAAUGGAUGGGUUUGAUUCUUUGGGGCAAACAAAAGUCAUCAUGGCCACCAACAGACCGGACACCUUAGAUCCUGCACUAUUGAGACCUGGUAGAUUGGAUAGAAAAAUUGAAAUCCCAUUACCGAACGAGAGCGGACGCUUGGAGAUCUUCAAGAUCCACAUUUCAAGUGUCCAAAAGCAGGGAGAGAUUGACUUUGAGCCAUUGGUCAAGAUGAGUGAUGGUUUUAACGGUGCCGAUAUUAGAAACGUCAUUACCGAAGCUGGGUUUUUCGCCAUCAGAGAGGAUAGGGAUUAUAUCAUUCAAAGCGAUCUAUUGAAGGCAGUGAGAAAGAUGGUUGAUAACAAGAAACUUGAAGGUAAGCUGGACUACGAAAAACUUUGAUAGGAAGAGUAAUACUUUUAUUAAUUGUAGUAAUAAUGGCUUCUUGCUUGUAACGCGAUGACCGACCCCAUGGUGAAGUUCUACGUAUAUACUUAACAUGUAAACAACGCUUAAGCUCAAAACGAUCUAUUACACUUUGGAUGGGUAUGUGUGUACAUACAGAGAUAUAGACAUUCGUAUAAA